CGUCAUCCAAUCACUGAUCAGGUGCUGGGUCACAUGACGCGCUGUUGCGCGUCUUCAUUCCACGCUACGGGACGUAAACGCACGUCCUGCGGGAGAAACUCCGAAACUCACACACGGUGCCGACAGCGUCGCGUUUUCUCCUUUUCCAGUGGAUCAAAUAAGCGACGUGAGGCUGUUUGUGGCCCGCGGGAGCGAUCCAAUAUGCCGGUCCGUACCGACCGCUGUCAGGGCUUGUCGAUGGCCUGUAUGGCCUCGGCCUCUCUCGUUCCGCCCCCGCCGAUUAAUACCCAUCAGCCCGGCGUCAACACGUCUCUGCUCUACAGCGGCUCUCAGUUCCGUGGACACCAGAAGAGCAAAGGAAAUUCUUAUGAUGUCGAGGUGGUGCUGCAGCAUGUGACUAUGGAGGACUCUUACCUGUGUGGAUACCUCAAGAUCAAAGGUCUGACGGAGGAAUAUCCCACCCUCACUACAUUCUUUGCCGGGGAGAUUAUAAGCAAGAAACGCCCCUUCUUAACCCGGAAAUGGGAUGCAGAUGAGGACGUUGACCGUAAACACUGGGGGAAGUUUCAGGCGUUUUAUCAGUAUGCAAAAAGCUUUAACUCUGAUGAUUUUGACUAUGAAGAACUAAAGAACAGCGAUUACGUCUUCAUGCGGUGGAAGGAGCAGUUUUUAGUUCCAGAUCACACAAUCAAAGACAUCAGCGGCGCUUCCUUCGCUGGCUUCUACUACAUCUGCUUCCAGAAGUCCACAGCCACUAUAGAGGGCUACUACUACCACAGAAGCUCUGAAUGGUAUCAGUCUUUAAACCUCACCCAUGUUCCCGAGCACAGCGCACCCAUAUAUGAGUUCCGGUGACACUUGUGUCCCAGAGAGAGGGUGAAACUACGCCGGACAAAAGCUAAGAGAGGAACUAUCUCAUUAUUACUCCAAGGACUCGCCGGACCUGUCCCCUCACCGAAAGAAUAAAUCUGAGGUUUAGACACACGGAUGAUGGCACGGAGAGCUCUUUCGGGAGACCGUCUCCACAAGCCGGUGUUGAAGGAGAUAUUGGGAUUUGCAGCAGUGUUAGCGUUUGGUUUUUUCUUUUAUGUUUGAGUUUUUAAAAGCUUUUGUCCUCCAGUCAUCUUAGAAAACCAUUUUUAUCCUUAAUGUUUCGGGAUUGAAAUCACUUUAUUUCCUUUGCGCUGAGUGGAGAAGCCAAUCGUUUAAGUGAUUUUCUUUUUUGCCUUGUCAUUUGAUAGCACGGCCAUUUUUCAGAAAUGAGUUUUAAUUUAUUUUUUAAUUAAUCUGUAUAAAAGACUACGAAGAAAAUGCAAAUUUACAGACUGUGGUCUCCACCGUGUAUUCAGACGUCUUUUGCUGGCUUAUCAAAGAUGCAGCAUGCGAUUGAGGAUCGGCAGCGACUCGAUCUUAUAAAUAAUGGAUACAGAGAUUCGCUGCUCUCUGCGGCUGCUUUGGCUCUCUUUCCAGACGCUGUAUCAUCGAAAUUCACAUAGUUAACAGUCGAGUCCUUCGCUUCUUUGUGUGUUAUUUUUAUUAUGAAAUGAAAUGGAGUCGGGUGUUUCGGAAAGAGAUCUAUAUAUAAAUAUUAUCCCAUAGUGGUAAAGCUAUGCGUAAAGCUGCUUUGGGUGAAACUUUUCUUUCUGAUUAUCCGGUAAUUCUGCGCUCCUUGUUUUGCUAUGCAACCUGAAGAAUCUCAGCUCAUAAGAAUCUAACGUAUCUUAGAUUUUGACAAUAAUCACAUGUUCACUUUAAAAGUAACAGCUCAGAGAGUAUUGAUUGAUAUUCACGCUCGGCCAAUCAGAAAGCAGACCUUUGGUGAUGUCAUAUAAUGGAUAGGUGUUUUCACUGGAAGAUGCAAGCAAACAGACGAGAGAUGGUGGGCAGUGCAACCCCUUCACAUCUCCAAAUUUGAGUUGAUAUUAAGAUGGCAGCUGGUCCUCAUCUGUUGCCAUGGCACAGACUGCACAGGUGCGAGUGCGCCACCUAGCUGCAACGGCACCCAUCUACAUCUCUUCCGAGUCUAGCAACACAAAAACAGUCCUCUUUUGGGGCGAUGUCGAACGAUCGCCUGUUUGAUGAGAUGAAGCUACGUGAUACCCAGAUUAAACUAUUCAAGCUUUAGUCGAACCCUUUGCCUUAAAAGUCAGAUAUUUGUCUAUUUUGUAAGCACUCAAGUCGAUUAAGCUCUGUACAGAGAGAGAGAGAUGAAGAAUAUUUGAAUGGCAAGUGAAUGUGAGCGUUCAUGAAAGUGUUUAAAAUGUAAGGAUGCUGUACCUUAUUGUCCUGACCUCCUUUUUAACAGUAGACUAGCGAAUAUUUAAUAACAGAAUAAUUAUUCAACAUCUCAGCGUUUUGUACGUGUGAAAGAGAAUUUAUUCUCGGUUUUUGGUCACACGUGCCCAGGUUUAGUUGGAAAAACGUUAGACUUUUCCUGCGAAAUCUUUACAACACCCCCCAAAUAUUUGGCAUGUGUGGUAAUCUUCACCUAACUACAUUUGGAGGGUUUUUCUCCUCAACAAAAGCAAAGGUUUCAGAAAUGUUUGCUUGUGGGAUGUUUGUGUUUAAAGAUAUAUUUGAAUAAAUGUUAAGGAAAUGAAUGGCCAGAGCGCAUACACUGUUACAGGACAUAAGAGAGAUGUACAUAAUAGAGCUAUGUUUGUGGUGUACAUGAUUGAUUUACCUAAAAUAAGUCAUCUUUUUAUUGGCACAAAGGAAUAUAAGAAAAUAAAGACUUCUCAGAGACA